UUCCAUCCGGUUCUCCCACCGCCCCCGCGGCGGGUCGCAGCAGUUCGUGCAGCGGCGGCCGAGGCGGUGUAGCUCCGUGACGGGUUCGGCCUCGCACGCGCCUCCCACCCAGCGCCGCCACGAUGCCCAAGAGGAAGGUUAGCGCGGACGGAGCGGCGAAGGCGGCGGAGCCCAAGCGACGCUCCGCGAGGCUGUCGGCCAAGCCCGCCCCUGCCAAGGUGGACGCGAAGCCGAAGAAGGCCGCGGGAAAGAAUAAGUCAUCAGACAAAAAAGUGCAAAGCAAAGGGAAGAGGGGAGCAAAGGGCAAACAGGCUGAGGUGGCGGACCAGCAAACCACAGAUGUGCCUGCAGAGAACGGAGAGACGGAGAACCAGAGUCCAGCCUCUGAAGUAGAAGAGAAAGAAGCCAAGUCCGACUAAACAUCCAUCAUGUCUGUCAGUGUCCCCGCCUCCCUUCUUGUACAAUCCAGAGGAAUAUUUUUAUCAACUAUUUUGUAAAUGCGAGUUUUUUAGUAGCUCUAGAAACAUUUUUAAAAGGUGGGAGGAAGUCCCACCUCAUCCCAUUUUUU